UGCUGAAUUUAGAUCAGCUACAGAGUUUGUUUCGGAGCUGAACUUCGCUGUUAUUAUGUAACGUUAACUCGUCGUGGAAAAUUGUGUUAACAAUGUCUGCCAUGCAAGGAUAAAUUUAACAAAUGAGUUCAUGUCAAUACUGGCAUUUAUUCCACUUAACGGACGUUAGCUAACAGCUCCAUUAACUGCGCCUAUCGUUAGCUAGCUGGUAAGUUAGCAUAACUUUUAGAGGCUAGCGAAAUUAGCAUGAAUGUGUUUGCUUACUGACUGUUAUUUGUGUCCAUACUUUCCGUCUCUGAGUGGUAGCCUAAUUAUUCUUUAUUCUGUAGUCUCCCAAUAGUUUUACUAGAAUAAAGCAGAAUACAUUAAUUAUAACUUAAUGGAGAGUUAACUACUUUUUUAACAGUUAAUUUAAAAGCAGCAAAGUUAUGAUACAGAUUGAGAAACUAAAGCACCGAGGUGACGAGGAGGUGGUCAGAGAGCUGUGCUUGGCCAAUGGAGUAUCCUAUGAAAAGAUUGCACAAGAAGGAAGCAAUGUCAGCUCCCUGGAGAUCUUCUUCACUGGCUUUCCCCGCAUGGUUGGGCUUUCCUUCUUCCCAAGGCUCUGUCAGCUUACCAUAGUGGGCCAGAAUGUAAAACACAUUGAGGGACUUGAGUGCUGUCCUGUGCUUCGGGAGCUGUGGGUAGUCCAGUGCCAUCUGACAGGAAUAUCUGGACUACAUAAUUGUCCACAACUGGAGAAACUCUACCUUUAUGAUAAUCAAAUCUGUGAAAUAAAGAAUUUAGAAAUGCAGAUUAACCUGGAAGUUUUGUGGCUCAACAACAACUGCAUAACUCAGAUACAGGGCUUGAACAUGCUGAAAAACCUUAAAGAACUAAACCUUGCUGACAACAAUAUCGAAAAGAUUGGGCGUAGCCUUGAGCCUAAUGUCAGCCUUCAGAAUCUUAAUCUGUCUGGGAACAAGAUCAGCUCCUUUAAGGAGCUGACCAUGCUUGCUCAUUUACCCCACCUGAGAGAACUCGCACUAAAGGACCCUACAUCAACCCCAAACCCAGUGUGUCUGCUGUGUAACUACGCCACACACGUUCUUUACCACAUGCCAGGCCUACAGCAACUUGACACCUAUGACGUUUCAAGCAAGCAAGUCAAGGAGGCAGCUGAGUCGACAGUAAUGAAGAAAAUGAUGUACUACAACAUGCGUGUACGGACAGCUCAGAGGAACCUGGCAGAGAUCCGGCUCAGUCUGAUAGAGAGGAAGAAAACUAUGUUACAGUUACCAGAAGAAUGCAUCAAAACACUCAAUCACGUCCUCAAAAGUCUUGAACGUGAACUGUCCAAGGUGCCACCUAGUUGUAAGAAGUCUGCCUGUGCGUUGGAGGAUGGAUCAACCCAACUGGUUGAAAGUUCAGCCAACAGAAGUGACUCACCCACUGAUGUCAGUUGCGAUCCUGCCAUGGAGCACAAAAUACUCCGCAAGAUUGAAGCACUGAGGGACAGACUGGUGCUAUGGACGAGGAGGCUGGAUGAGAUUGAAGCCUGGUAUGAGCGGGACUUGAUGCAAGCCACAAACACAAUGGGAUAUACCAUUCAGUUUCUGUUGAUGGAGCUAGAAAGUGUUGGAAAUAUUCGUUUGGAAGAGGGCUGCUCCACAGACCCUUGGUUUACUUCCUGUUGCGACCUCCUGCAGUCCCGCUUCUCUCAGUCAGACUUUAAGGCUUACAGCAUCACUGGCAUCAAGAUCAAUAGAGUUAUCCGCAUCCACAACAGCGCUUUGAGGCUUCGCUUUGAGGACAAACUUCACACCCUUCUAGCCAGUGACGACUCUGCCAUCUCUUCACAGAAUUACAGACGUCGGCUGGAUCAUUUGUUCUACGUAGCUGACCCUGAAAAGAAUGAUGAGAAGGAAGAAAUUCUCUGCAUUUUAGAGGAAGGCUUCAAAACAGCUGAACAAUAUAAGGCUUUGGACAUAGAGGGAGCUAUACCUUUAUCCAAUAGCCUGAGUGUGACUGAGCAGCCCAGAAUUGAACACACACUGCGCUGGGCCAGCCAAGGUGAUUCCAAGCACAGCACAGACACAAUCCCCUUCAGGCACGGUCAGAUUAUUGUUUCCAAAGUGUUUGUGGGCCACAGCACGCCUAUCCGAGAGGGAGAACCGUUGGACAGAAGCAGAUAUCCCAGAGCCUACUCUGUGUACCGCAAUGUGGAAGUCAAGCACAGAACUGCAAUAAGUGAAGAGAGACCCCGCUCCACCAAAACACACACUGGUCCUGAGUGCAGUCCCCGACGAAGACAGUGGUUUGUGUUUGACCAUGAGCUCGUCCUGCCUGAGUACAUCAUUUCUUUUGAGUACAUCACCGGGGAUGAAGAACAACCACACAGCACAGGCAGAGGUGACGGUCCCUCCAACGAUAUCAUCCUAGACAGGGAGGUCCUCAACAUGGAACCUGUGCUGAAGCCACAGCCCAAGCUGUUGAGCUUGGAUGACAAAAUUCUGCUCAAUGUGGCCAGAGCCAAUGUCCUCAGUCAAAUUACUGUGCUGAACCUUCAUGGCAACAGUUUGAGUAAAAUAAAGGAGAUUUCCCACGUCACAGCUCUGCGGCAUCUUACCAUCAGCUUCAAUGAGUUCACACACCUGGAUGACAUUUCUCACAUGCCCAACCUUGAGUUUUUGGACGCUAGCUAUAAUCGCCUAGUGACCCUGGAAGGGCUAAAGAGGUUGGGGCAGCUCAAACAGCUCGACCUGCGCUGGAACAAGUUGACCAAGGCCAGGGAGGACACAGCUGUGCUGAGAAAACACACACCUGCUCUGCUGAAGCUUGACACCAGAUACAACCCCUGGAGCAGGUCUGAAGCAGUAAGAAUGACCAUACUGGGCCAUCUAAUGACCCUCACACACCUGGAUGAUACGAUGGUAACAGAGGAGGAGGCUGCCUAUGCUGUUCAGAUGGCCGCUGGAUCCAAAAUUAACCAGGCAUCUCUUCUAGCUCACUCAUGUACCACCAGUGAGCGUCCCCGCAGUCUCAGCUUGCUGUCAACAGCCCAGCUCCUAUGUCUUCUCAGUCCUGCACCCUGGGGCCUCGACCAAGAGCUCAAGCUAGACUGGACUGCACAGAUCUCUGCCCUAAACCUUGACAACCAGAGGAUUUCCAAACUGGUCAAUCUGAAUAAGCUAGUCAACCUCCGCUGGGCUUCCUUUAAUGAUAAUGACAUUUCCAAAGUGGAGGGUCUUGAUGGCUGCUUGAAGCUGGAGGAACUCUCCCUCAACAACAACAGCAUAGGCACACUCAAUGGCCUGUCAAAGCUGCAUUGCCUCAAUAAACUGAGUGUAGAUGGGAAUCAGCUGUCUAAUCUGGAUGCCUCAGUCUUAGAUCAGCUGCCCAACCUGUCCUUUCUGUCCGUGGAGAACAACUGUAUCAGUUCCCUGCAUGGUAUCCAGAGAGCCCGCUCCCUUCUUGAGCUCUACAUCGGCAACAACCAAAUUUCUACGUCGCGGGACAUCUACUAUCUGAAGGGAUUGACAAACCUCAUUAUUCUGGAUCUUUACGGGAAUCCUUUAGUGGAGAAACUGGAAAACUAUCGGAUUUAUGUGGUGUUCCACCUACCCUCCUUAAAAGCUCUGGAUGGCAUUGCAGUGGAGGUAACUGAGUGUGAAAGUGCAAAGGAUAUGUUUGGAGGAAGACUAACCCCAGACAUGGUAGCAGAGAAACUGGGCCACUCAAAUUACACAGACAUCACCUACCUCACCCUGCAGUCCUGCUCCAUUAGGAUGGUUGAUCUGUCUCCAGCGGACCUGUUCUGUAACCUGCGCAGUGUCAACUUAGACCACAACAACCUCACCUCUUUCUCGGGCCUUAUUUACCUGCCCAACAUCAAGGCUCUGUGUUUGAACUACAACCACAUUGAAUCCAUCCUGCCCAGACAGAAGACUCAGGCUUCUCUGACCAACAGACAGAUCCUGUACAGCAAAGUUCACUCCAGUGGUUACGGCCAACAGAGUCCAUCCAAAGGCAAAGGAGAAACUGGACCCACUGGCAGCCUGGAGCCACUGAUGGGCAGCCUGGAGGUGCUGCAUUUGAGUCACAAUGGCAUCUCCAAUAUGGCCAAUCUGCAGCUCAGCAGGCUCACCAAUCUUAAAGCACUCUUCCUCCAAGGUAACGAGAUCAGCCAGGUUGAAGGAUUGGAGGGACUUCACCAGCUCAGAGAGCUUGUGUUAGACAGGAACCGGAUCAAAGUUCUGGCCGAUAACUCUUUCAUAGCACAGAAUGUCCUGCUAGAGCUGCACCUAGCAGAGAACCGCAUCCGGGAGCUCAACCAUCUUGAUCCUUUGAUUGAGCUCCGCAAGCUCUUUCUUGGCAUGAACAAGCUGCAGGACACCACAGAGCUUGACAAACUAGAAGUUCUUCCUUCGCUGACAGAGCUCUCUGUUGUUGGGAAUCCUGUGGCCAAAAAUUCUCAACACAGACCAGCAAUAGUGCUCCGUCUGUCUCAGCUACAGGUCCUGGAUGGAGUGAUGGUCACCCUGGAGGAAAGGACAAGGGCUGAGCUCCUCAAUGCUGAGACAUCACCAUGCUCACAGUACCCUGGAGCUUCUCUUCCUGCCACUGAAAUAAACCUACCUGGACUGCUACCCCUCAUGCCUCGAAACACCCCUCUAAGAGGAAUGACCAUAAGUGGAGGACUGCAGAACUUUGUGCAUGGGCACGAUAUCCUGCCAGGUCACAUGGAUGAGGCCCAAUCUCAUUACACAUACAAGUACAAGAAGCACAAGCAUGGUAAUGCCGUUCGUAGCGGCCAAGCUGACAUUACCUUAAGACACAUUCGAAGAACAGGAAGCAACCUGCCAGCCCAAGGUCUUCUUCAUGAUGGGAACAGAGUCAUCAUCACAUAUCCCGGCCAGGAGCAAGACAGCAGAUUUCCUAAUGGUGGCAAACCUCCACCCAUGUAGCAGCCAGACAAGGUGGUACAUACAGGUGAAAGGUGAAACAAAUGUGAACACAUGCAACAGCCAUGACUGUCAUUAGUCCUAUAUCAGUAUUUUGGGACAUCAUAUCUUGAAGGUGGCAUAUUUGUAAGCAUUCUGUAAUGUAUAUCGGCAUCUGGACAUAUUUGCAUAUUUAAUGAGGAAAAAGUCAGAACAUAAAGCAAUUCAAGUGCCUUUUGUUUGGUGACAUGGCAAUAAACAACUUUCUGUAACUGUUAACAUAUCAUUAAAUCGCCCUUGCUACUAUUAGUUUAAACGAAAACAUGUUUGGAGUUCAGGAAAAUUAGGUUACUUGAAGGUUGCAUGUAGUGCAUCUCUUUCAAAUGGAUUCAUAAUGACUCUGACCUUAUUUUUUAUCCACAUAUGUGGAUCACUAACCAUGGUAAUCUGAGGAUGAGAGGUUUUGGUGUCAUUUCUACUGCUAUCCCAUCUUUGGCCUCAAACAAGUGGAAAAAAAAAACACCCACAGAUGUAAGGGCGUGUGAGGCUGGCAUGCUGCUUCCACGGGGUCAGAUGCAUCCCCAACAAGUGGAUAAUCCAGCUUUAGCACACCUCUCUGUGGACAAUAAUCUGCAGUCACUCAGAUAAAGAUGUAAUCUUGAACAAGGUCCAAAUGGAUUUUCAGAGAUUGUCAGUUUCAUCAUGUUAGCCUCUUUUCCAAAAGCCCACCACAGUUUUGACUAAUAGGCAAAUCUCGUGUGUUGUAACUGGAAACAGUAUUAGAGUGACUUGAUAUUUAUGAUGUUAGUUCUGAUGAACAUGAGAUUAUAAUCCUUCCUGACUUGCUGUCAGUUUAGUCUGGUAGUGCUGUAGUUAACACACCAGUCUAAGCUUUAAAUGUGGACUAUACAGCAUAUAUUAUGUGAUCUGAUACCUUUAUAUUCUGGAAACUCUAAACAGAUCAUUGUAUGAUGAAAAGAUUAAUGCUGCGUUCACAUGGAGUCAGGCAAACAAUCGACGGAUAUCAUUUUAGGGGACGAGAGCAUGUUGGUAAAAUUAGGUGAGGCCAGCAGAGACUAGUAGACGGCAUUGCCAUUCAGAGUUAAAAUAUUUAACUUUUUGCCUUUCUCCACAACAAAAUUUACAACCAGGUGUUAUGUAGCUCCUUCACAUGAGGCAUUUGGGAAAAUUUGUGGACAUUACUGGAAUAAUUACGUAAAAUAAUAAACACACAAAAUAAUUGUAUUUAAUAUAUUUUAUUCCAUUCUUUGUAAACAAUACAACAUCACCAUCGUAACAUAUCGACGUGGGGUUUUAUUUUUACCAUCCUGCCAUUCCAUUGGACUGACUGAUGGUUUUAAAUGUGCCGUCCAGAAAGUAUUGUUCAUGUGCUGUCUACUGUCUGUCUGAUUCCAUGUGAACGCUAAGUUAGAAAGGACAUCAGCCUCCAUCAGUUGAACACUGUUGUUAUGUUUCUCAACAACUUCUUGUAAAGUUUAAUUAGUGUUAUUUAAACUCUACUGAACUUUUUUAUUAUGUGUACUACUUAAAGGUAUACUGUACAGGAUUUUCCUUGGGAAAAAAACAAUGUAUAGGGUCACACAAAAGUCAUUUCUGUCAGUUAUCACUUGUACGAUGUAUGUACAUAUUUUUGCAUUUUCUUAAUAUAUUUACUGCGUUCAGGAUGUUCCUGGACACAGUGGGCAGGUGAGGUCAUGACUUCACAGACACAGCGCCAAAGCUAUUAAAAACACAAAGAUAUAGAGGCUGGCUUUCACUUUCACUGGAGAUGAUGUUACAAAUGGUUACCAACAAUUCCUGCAUACUGUUCCUUUAAAAAAGAGACACAUCAUACUUCGAAAGGAUGGGGCCUGGGUUUUGAAAAAAAUAUUCCUGAAUUAAAGAGUUGAUUUAUUCAAGAACACCAUUUCUUAAGGACAUCACUUUAAAUCCUUUGAAGCCAGAAGCAGCAACAUUUUCUGUCAUAUUUCCUCCACCAGCCUGAGCUCUGGACUUUAUGGCUCAGUGGUGUUAAUGUGACCACUAGGUGUCCUUAGAGCUCCAUUAGCUCUCUCUCUGCACCACACUGCUAAUCAGUCCUCCAUGAAUUUACCACUUGCCCUGUGGGGAGUAAUUUAUCAGUUGAAGGCGUAUACGUGUGCUUUAGUUUUGUGUUCCCUGCCGCUGAACAUUUGUGAGGCAACAGCCAGCUCGAGGCAGCAAAAGUGAAAAGCUCUCCCCCAAACAAGCUCCUCUAAUGCAUGUACUUAACUUCACUUGAUUUGUGUUAAUUCCCAGCAUUAAGCGGGGCUAAUGACUGUGCAAGUGAGUGCACUGUCAUUACCUUGCUCUGCCUGACAUCAAAUGGCAGCUGAUGGACUCGCAUAAAAAAAAGAAAAGAAAAAACUCUAAUGCACAGAUUUGGGGGCUCAGUGAGAGCUCUCUAAUGCAUUAGGUAUUGCAAAGGAUAAUUACACAUUUUAUAUUUGUGUACAGUAUGUGCAGUAUGGAUAUGCUAGAAACAUGACUGUUUUUAAUGCAAUUGUAUGUCUGUGUGGUUUAAGUUUAUUGCGAGCAUGCCACUCCAUGCAGUAUGUCUCUUUUUGCAUAUCUGUCAGUAUUUUUAACAUUAAAAUGACAUUAGCAUAAAGAUUGUGAAUAAUUCAUCAGUCCUGAGUGAACCCAGAUGCACUGCUCUCUCUGUCUAUCUCUCUCCCUCCCCGUCGCUCCUCCAUGUGAGUAGACCACAUGGUUCGUAGCUGGUUUAAUGGGAUGGAAUGUGACAGGUUAUGUUUUCAUCGGCCUGAUAUGGAGCCCGGCUCGGGCGGGAGGGAACGAGGGGGAGAAAGGGAGAUACAGAGAGAGGGGAAAGUGAGGUGGUCUCUGCAGUUGUAGUCUGGAUUCAUAAUUAGACAUGUUUGUGCUUGUUGUGAAUCAGUUAUAGAUGAUGCUCUUCCCCCUCAUCCCUACCAACACACACACACACACACACACACACACACACACACACACACACACACACACACAGACAAACACAUGCUCUGUAUGGGGCCAUUACUUCUGGUCCACUAACUCCCUACAUUUGCUGUGUCUGUGCAUUCAGAGCACCAUUAGUCCAAGACUCUGUGAAUAAUUGCUGAAUGGACCAUGUUUUCACCGCUAUCUUCUCAGGUUCCAGUGUUGCUUGAUGUUGUGGGUGACGUGAGAGAGAUGAGGACAUUGAUUGAUGUUUGAUGCCGAGGAUAACACAGCAUCUUGUACAGUGCUUAUCGAAGCAUUAUGCGCAGAGCAUGUAAUGGAUGAACAACAUUAAACCCCACGUGCAUUACACAUUUACCAGCUUGUAUUAACUUCAGAAGUGCUUCGAUAGAAUUACAUCAAUACCAUCACUUGACUUGGAAUUGCUGUUGUGAAAAUGAAAUGUUCUCUCUCCACAUUUGGCUGCUGAUGGCAAACAAAUUCAGAUAAUGAAAAUAUAAAUUAUUUUGUUUUCAAAAGGUGUGUAUUAUGCCCCAGAGUUCAUUUUCAUCCCCACAAAUACAUCCUCUAUUCAAAAACAAUCUUGCCAUAUUGCUUCUCUUGAAAUCUGUCAUUGAGUUAUUGUUGUCGCUUGUCAUUUCCCUGUAAUUUGUUUCCUGUGAGGCUCCUUAGAAUAGAGAGUGAAUGGAGAGAGAGAGGAAAUACAGAUAAAAGAAUGUAGCGAGAGUGUUCAAUUAGAAUGAAAAGGAAAAUGCUUUUAUUUUGUGUAGAUAUUUUGGAUGAGCGUACGCCUCGCAUGAGCAUUAAAUCUUAACUGCUUUUCAUUUCUGGCAUUGCGUGUGAUUUAUCACAUUAUUGGACUUGUGU